AAAAGAAAUCGUUAUUUAUCGUAUUAAUUUAUUUCCAUAACAAAAUUGUAGUCAACAAUUUUAAUAUUUUCGGUUUAUCUCCCUACAACAAAAGAGUAUUUAAAAAUAUGAAAUGUUUUUCCUUUUAAAAGAAUAUUCAAAUGCUUUCAUAUUUUUGAUGAAAACUAUAUAAAUUCACAACGGUUUAGUCCUCUAAAGUCUUUUAAGUUUAAGACGCGGUCGGCGUGGUCAAGAGUGUAGUUCUAAUGUACGAUGGACCUCCAAAAAUCGUUAUGGUCUGUACGAUAUUAUUAAGGUGGCUCUUCUCAGCAACGCCGUAUAUCUCUAGGCCGUAUAACAGGCUGGGCGUAUAUGGACUUGACAUACAAAAUGUGUGGCAAUUUCGAAUACCCAAUUGAGGACAAUAAAAAGUGUGUCGAAAAGAUUUCGGUAGCGAAAUUUUAGACACUUUUUACCGCAGCUUCCCAAAAGUUUAGAGCUACGGUGUCCUAGGGGUGUAUGAAAUUUAAGUUUAUAAACUCAAUAUUACGGUAGGAGGUUGUGGUUGGUUAAUUUUUAUCGCUAAGAAAACAGUUCCUUUAAUUCUAGUAGUUUGUUCGACGUUCCAGGGAAAUUCGUUGAGCUGCCGUGGAUUUCCUGCUUCCAUAUUUUGCAUGCUCCUUGAGCAACAGUCUACUUAAGACUUCUAAAUUUUUUGUCAUCUUUAACCUAGUUCUGCUUGUUCUCAACGGUCCUAAUGAUAUCAAGCAGGACAAUUUCGGUCUUAUGCGCAGAGAUUAGCAAACCGACAUUCUCCACCCAGUCGAUGCACGAACUAAUCACCGUUCCUGGUUUCUUUUUCCUUUGUUCCGGUAACUCUUGUUGGGCUUGCUGGUGCGCUUUAAUCCAUCGUACUGACAAUAGCAAUCCAGAGGUAUCCAGGUAUGCUUUAACCAGCUUGAUGAUUGCGCAUUACUUCUUACUGUCUCAUUUUCAGAUCUUUUCAGAUCUCAAAAAACAAGUCCGUCCGACAACCUAGCAUACUGCGUUGGAGCACGGAGGGUUUUUUUGUACCAGCAAUGCCCGCUGAUAUAUUUAUACACUUCGCGCAACGGUGGAAAAAACAUGUCCUCCAAAAUCCGGUUUCCGGCUCCUGUUGAUAGAUCCACCAAAACUUCAUUGUGUCCUUUUAAAUAUUUAUUUUCGCUAUGGUGGGGACGUGAGAGGCUUACGAAGAUCAAACCAAUGAAAUACGACGAGCUUAUGAAAACGACAAGAAAGAAGCUAUUGAAAAAUGCACCCAAUGGGUUGGUUGUCCAAGAUUGUCGGCCGUUUUCUGCAGUAAUCGGAGCCGGAUUUAAAAAUUUGGUAAAGUUUUUCCUAAAAAUCGGCGCAGUUAAUGGUUUACUACCUGAUCCAACAACAUUAAGUCGGAAGGCCAAAUCGGAUGCAGAAGAGAAGAGGAGUCAAAUCUUGUCCGAGAUAAAAAAAAAGCUGUGGAUGGCUUCAUAUUAAAUGUAAUAGUAAUAAUGGUAAUAGCCGAAUCUAUGUACAUAAUGUCACAUAAUUCAAUUCAAAAAUGACUUUAUGUAAGAAUAUUUUUCAUCAGAGUAUUCAGCUAGCGACGU